AUGUCUUACAGUCCACGCACGGCGGCGGCGGCGGCGGCGGCGGAUAUAUAUACCUUGACGCGCUGCUGCCGGUGCAGUAACAAGAUGCUGAUGAGGCUGCUGCUGCUGGUGGCCCUUGCCGUGGCGGCGGCGGCGGCGGCCGCCGCGGAGACGGAGCAGCGCGCCACGUACAUAGUUCACAUGGCUAAGUCCGCGAUGCCCGCCGAGUACGCCGACCACGGCGAGUGGUACGGCGCCUCCCUCCGCUCGGUGUCCACCGGUCGCGCCGCCGCUGCCAAGAUGCUGUACUCCUACGACACCGUCCUGCAUGGCUUCUCGGCGCGGCUCACGGAGCAGGAGGCCAGCGACAUGGCGGGCAUGGACGGUGUCCUGGCCGUGAACCCCGAGACGCGGUACGAGCUGCACACCACGCGGACGCCUGAGUUCUUGGGGCUCGCCGGGAGCGAAGGCCUGUUCCCGCAGUCUGGCACGGGCGGCGACGUCGUCGUCGGGGUGCUCGACACAGGCGUCUGGCCUGAGAGCAAGAGCUACGACGACGCGGGCCUCGGCGAGGUGCCGUCGUCGUGGAAGGGCACGUGCAUGGCUGGAACUGACUUCAACUCCUCGGCCUGCAACCGGAAGCUCAUCGGCGCGCGGUUCUUUAACCGGGGCUACGAGGCGGCGAUGGGGCCCAUGGACACGAGCAGGGAGUCGCGCUCCCCGCGCGACGACGACGGGCACGGGACGCACACGUCGUCCACCGCGGCCGGCGCAGCUGUCGCCGACGCCGACCUGUUCGGGUUUGCGUCUGGCACGGCGCGCGGCAUGGCGCCCAAGGCGCGCGUGGCCGUGUACAAGGUGUGCUGGCUCGGCGGCUGCUUCAGCUCGGACAUCCUCGCCGGUAUGGACGCCGCCGUCGCCGACGGCUGCGGCGUGCUCUCGCUCUCGCUCGGCGGUGGCUCCGCCGACUACGCGCGCGACAGCGUCGCCAUCGGCGCCUUCGCCGCGAUGGAGCAGAACGUCCUGGUGUCCUGCUCGGCCGGGAACGCCGGGCCCGGGAGCGCCACACUCUCCAACGUGGCGCCUUGGAUCACCACCGUGGGCGCGGGCACCCUCGACCGCGACUUCCCGGCGUACGUUCAACUCGGGAACGGCAAGAACUACACCGGCGUGUCCCUCUAUGCUGGGAAGGCCCCGCCGUCGACCCCGACCCCCCUCAUCUACGCGGGCAACGCCUCCAACUCCACCAGCGGAAAUCUCUGCAUGCCUGGGACCCUCUCGCCGGAGAAGGUGCAAGGAAAGAUCGUGGUCUGCGACCGCGGCAUCAGCGCGCGCGUCCAGAAAGGCUUCGUAGUGCGCGACGCUGGAGGUGCCGGCAUGGUGCUCGCCAACACCGCAGCCAAUGGGCAGGAGCUCGUCGCCGAUGCCCACCUCCUGCCCGCGGCCGGCGUGGGUGAAAAAGAAGGUACCGCUAUAAAGUCUUACAUAGCAUCCGAGUCCAAGCCGACGGCAACGAUUGUGGUCGCCGGGACACAGGUGGACGUGCGCCCGUCGCCGUUGGUGGCCGCGUUCUCGUCGCGCGGGCCAAACAUGAUCACGCCGGAGAUCCUGAAGCCGGACAUCAUCGGGCCGGGGGUGAACAUCCUGGCGGCGUGGACCGGCAAGGCGGGGCCGACGGGUCUCGCCGCUGACACGCGCCGCGUCAACUUCAACAUCAUCUCCGGCACGUCCAUGUCGUGCCCGCACGUGAGCGGCCUCGCGGCGCUGCUCAGGAGCGCGCACCCGGAGUGGAGCCCCGCCGCCGUGCGCUCGGCUCUCAUGACGACCGCCUACUCCACGUACACCGGCGGCGCCGGGUCGCCCAUCCUCGACGCGGCGACCGGCGCGGCCGCCACGCCGUUCGACUACGGCGCCGGGCACGUGGACCCGACCCGCGCGGUGGAGCCAGGGCUGGUGUACGACCUCGGCACCAGCGACUACGUGGACUUCCUGUGCGCGCUCAAGUAUACGCCAAACAUGAUCGCCGCGCUGGCGCGGAGCAAGAGCUACGGGUGCGCCGCGAACAAGACCUACGCCGUCGCCAACCUCAACUACCCGUCCUUCUCCGUGGCCUACUCCACGGCGAACGGCGAGGCCGGGGACUCCGGCGCCACCACGGUGACGCACACGCGCACGCUCACCAACGUGGGCGCGGCGGGCACGUACAAGGUGGACGCCUCGGUGUCCAUGUCCGGCGUGACGGUCGACGUGAAGCCGGCCAAGCUGGAGUUCACGGCGGCCGGCGAGAAGAAGAGCUACACGGUGACCUUCACGGCGGCCAAGUCGCAGCCGUCGGGCACCGCCGGCUUCGGCCGGCUCGUGUGGUCGGACGGUAAGCACACCGUGGCGAGUCCGAUAGCGAUAACCUGGACAUGA